AUUUGCAUCUCUCUCCAAAAUCAUAAUAGUUCUUUCAUUUGAUACAAUGUCCUUUAUAAUUGGAAAUCAUCUAAUCAAUGUGCGUGGUUGCAUCCUUUGCUGUUUUUGCGAAAGUCGUGUUUCAUUCAUCGAGCAUUACGUUCCUAAUGCGCAGGACUUAGUGUAUGGAGGGUACUUUAAUAAAGUAUUUCAUGUUGUUGUACCAAAUAAUGUGAAUUAUCGUCGUGUAGUAGAUGGAAAUACCCUGGCCAAUGUUUACUGUAUCAAUUGUCGUAUUCUGCUUGGCUGGGAACUUAUUGCAGUAGCCCAACCAUCCCAGUACUAUGUAGUAGGAAGGUUCUUUAUGAGAUUGAAACAGAUUAUGUACCUGAGUGGUGUAACAUUGCAUGAUUCUCUCUUUGGAGGAGCUAAUGAACAGGCUCCUAAUCAGCAAGAUGGAGGCGCUAUUGAUCAAGUUGGAGGUGUUAAUGAACAGAAUCACGAUGAAGAUGGACGUGCGUCAAUGAAACAAUGGAAGAUGUAGAUCAACUGGCUGGUGGAAUAGAUAUUAUUGAAUGAAAAUGCAGACAUUGAUAGCCUACUCACGCUGAUCAAAAUGCUGAAAGAUGGACAGUUUCCUAAUAAAGUCACAGUUCAUAUUGUUUUUUUUCCUCUUUUCAGUUUUAGGAUUACAGUACAUAUUAUUACUUCAGGUUGGAAUAAAGCA